AUGCUGUCACAUAACACCUAUCCCUUUGGUGGUAUUCAAGUUCUACUUGUUGGUGAUUUUUGUCAGUUGCCACCAAUAAGAACUGUACUCGAUGCAGGAAGACCUGUUUAUGAAUCUGAUAUUUUCAAGCGGGCAUUCUCUCAUCGAAUAGAGCUAAAGGAAGUCAAACGGCAAGGUGCGUCAGAAGAGCGAUUAAAGAAGGCAUUAGACCAACUGCGAACCGGAAAAUGCGAUGAAGAAACAGAAACCUAUUUUCAUGCACUCAGCCGAGGAAGUGAAGAGUUUGACAACCCACGAGACACAGUGCACAUCUAUUUUCGAAAAUUUCCUGUGGAAGUUCACAACGUCGAUGUUCUGGUAAGUCUUCCCGGUGAACUUCUUGUUUUCGAAAGCAUUGACACUGGCUCUCCUCAGUAUCUGGAAUCUACUGUUCCUAAAUUCCUCACCCUAAAACCUGAGUGUAACGUCAUGUUGCUUUUCAACAUCAACGACCACUUGAAGAAUGGUUGCCGUGGGAGGUUUGUUAGAGUGAAUGAAGAUGGACAGCUCUUCGUUUAUUUCGCAAAAGUUGGAACAGUGUGUAUAGAACGACGAACCUGGUACAAGUACGACCGUAAUGGAGGAGUGAAAGCUAGUCGAACACAAUUUCCCAUAAGUCCGUGUUAUGCGAUAACAGUUCACAAAGCACAGGGCUUAACAAUCGAUCGAGCCGUUGUUCAUUGCUCGCAAGAAUUUGUAACCGGCCUAACGUACGUUGCAAUUUCAAGAGUAAGAGAAGAAUCUGCCCUUCAGGUGAUAGGCUUCCGGAGAAAAUUCCUACUCCCCUUACCUAAUGCGUUGUCUUCUUUAUUGGAGAACAACUCCGAUCCUAAUCUCACCUUCCAGUGUUGUGGGAAUGUCCAACUUGACGAUUGCUUAUUUCAAUGUAAAGAAUACAAUCAAGUAGAAGAGGAUGAUCGAAUCAUAGAUUGUGAUAUGGACGACAAUGAUGCAGGGACGUUUGGACAGUUGUUCUUCGAAGAAAACACUGGUCAGAGCUAA